GUGGCAAUGCACAUAUCUGUCGAACUGCAUCCAACAUGUGCGGUAGAUUUAGUCUCAGACUCAAUCGAGAGGAGAUAGAACAGCUAGAAGGACAUACUGCGUCAGUGAACGAAUGGGAGCGCCGUGACGCAUUCGUCCCACGAUACAAUAUCGCGCCGCACACCCAAGCCCCUGUGAUACGUCGGCGCUCGCCAGAAAGCCCCUUGCUUGUCAUGUCCUCUAUGAAGUGGGGUCUGAUCCCUCACUUCAGUAAAUUUGAAGACAAAUCUCUGAAUACGACGAAUGCGCGCUCUGAAGUGUUAAUCGAGGGAGGUGGACUGUGGGGCAGCAUCAAAGGUUCAAAGCGAUGCGCGGUCGUGUGCCAGGGCUACUACGAAUGGCUCACCAAAGGCAAAGAGAAACUUCCCCACUUCGUGAAGCCGAAGGAUGGACGCGUGAUGCUCAUGGCAGGUUUGUGGGAUACUGUAGUUCUGCAAGGGGAAACCGAAGCAUUAUGGACCUUCACGAUUGUAACAACGUCGGCCAAUUCUGCCUUCGCUUGGCUACAUGAGCGGCAGCCGGUCAUUCUUCACACAACGGAAGCACUCGAUGCGUGGCUGGACACUUCUUCACACAAGUGGUCUGCGGAACUCGGUAAACUACUAGUUCCCACGACUUGUCCUCUUACCUGUUACCAAGUGCCGAAAGAGGUCGGAAAAGUCGGCACAGAAUCGUCAACCUUCAUUCAACCUGUCGCUGAGCGGAAAGACGGGAUACAAGCCAUGUUUGCUCGCCAAAAGCAGGCUCAGCAGGGCACGUCACCCUUGAAGACUCCUUCGAAACGCUCAGCGCCUGAGGCACAAGACUCGGACGACUCAAUCGAGAUUUUGGAAGGUCCCUCGGAUGCCAAAAAGGCCAAGUCUACACACACCACUAAUGCAGACCAAGCCCUCCACCCCUGCCAAGUCGAGACGGAAUUGAAUAUGUAAAUCUACCUACAGCUACUUGUAUUUGAGCGCCCAUUGUAUCAUACCCUUCAUGUAUCGUUCUUACUGUGUUCAUAUAUCCUCCAUUGGCCCGUCCUCCUGCUGCCGCAUCGCUUUUAUCGCAAAGUGUGUCGGGUCAAAGCAAGGCGACAACCACGGCUGACUGCACGGCCAUAUUGAAUUUGGCUUCUCGUUGCAAGUUCACUGGUGGCGGGGAACUUGCGAUUCGCGAGGAGAGUUCAGAGGCUUGAGAUGGAUAGAUUGAGCCUCGGCAGCAAUUCGACAUCAACUCCGUUGAAGUAACCAGAAUGCAUCCAACCCCAGAAUGCUCGUCUUGAGCUAUGCAUACCAAGACCAAGGGACGCUAUUAUUUAUAGAAAUGGCGUCCAGCAUUGCAUUUGCAAUUUUGAUCCACGAUGAUAUGGUAGUGGCCGAUUUUUGUCUAAGAGCAACGGGCACCCAGGAAAAGUUGACUCCUGGGGGUAUUAAGAAAAAAGGAGGUCGCCGCAGAUGUUUGAGAUGACAGAACCAACAACUACAUGAGGUGCAUUGUGACUCGACUGCCGUCCAAGAAUGUCUGCCACUGUAGAUGAUGGAAUCGUCCUUCCCCGCGAUCUGCGAUGAUCUGUACAGUGCGGGGUAUCCAAUCAUGCGGGGAAACAAUAAGAUCGAGGAUUUGCCAAAUUUGUCGUUAAUUUGAUGGCCGUGACCAAUGACGUCACGCGACGUGGGGCGUAGAUCGACACAUGUUCAAGGGUCCUGGACACCUUACUUUCAUUGACACUCCUCUCACCCCAUCCCUCAUUGCUUGUAUCCUCCAUCAUCCUCGAUUAUGUCGCCAUCUGGAGAAACGUACAUUGAAAAACGUUGGGGAUCCCUCCUUGUAUUUGACAGGCGAGCGACUCCGACAAUUGGCGGCAGUCAAGCAGGUGCGCAAUGCGCAUCACUUGCCCUUUUCACCUGGAAUGCUGACCGUCUCCUCCCAAUACAUCGUCCCUCUCUCAUCUUCGGUGGAAACGUGGAACAGGAUUCAUCGGUCUGCUUGUCGGUUUCGGCGUUAUCAUCCUGGGCUCCUGUAUCGCCAUCUUCAUCCUUCUACGUGACCACAAGACAACAAAAGCUCAGCGGCGAAACCGUUAUGCUGCCAGAUCCUCUCCAACUCGUCCUCGUUUCACAUCUUUUGUACGCGAUUUAUUCAGCACGACGAAUGGGAAGAAGACAUGGAUCCAAGCUUCGGAUGAUGCAUGGACUGCUGAUGAGGCGGAGCGACUGCGAGCCAGUACCAGCGGCGGCGAAAUGAAGACUGCUACUCAGGAUGAACCAUUCCGGCCGCCUCGGUCCUUCCCAUCGCGUAUGAAUUCAUUUGCGUCUGAAUCACAAGAUGAAAUGUCGGCGUACGAUCCGGAGCCUACGAUACGUUAUGCGCCAGCGCCCCGCCCUGCAUCCAUUUCGCUGUCAACGAUCGCACAUCCUCGAAGUGCCUCGCCCGCAUCUUCAGCCAGUGUCUUUCAACCGCAUGUACGGUUCGUCUCUAGCGCGGCCGAGAUCGGCAACUUGGAGGAGGAGAGUUCGUCUAUUGGACACAAGGGCACCAAUAAAGAACGUCAGCUGUCCGCGGACAGCCUCUCCUCUAUCCGCACAUUUGAAGGAGGGACCAAAUUUAUCGAAGGAUUGUGAUUUAUUGUUGCUCCCAUUUGACUUGAGUACUGUAUCGGAUACUGAAUGGGCCUUUGGUACCUGUAACAUCUAUACUUACAUUAGCUGGAAAUGAUACACGGCAAUGUUCACAGCUUUCACGUCCCAUUUAUUGGGCACGUUUGGGCUGGACUGAAAGUAGGCUCAUGUGGUCUGCAUACGGGUCGCCCCCUAGAGGCAUCGUUGAUUUGUGAGUGCUGUCUGCUAGUGAGACCUGAGACGAGAGAGACGAGAGAGCCACUGGUGUCGAUUCUUCACGACCUGGAUUACGCAGCGGCCUAUUGCGCCUGCAUGUGAGGAGCCGGACCCAUGCGAGAUCGAUGAACCAUGGCCCCAUCCGAGGUGCGAUCAUUGCAAGUGAAAUGAAAGGAGGAACCGUGACAAAAAUUGCCAGCAGCUAAGAGGAUUUAGAUGGCUUGCGAGAAGAGGAGAAUAAUCAGACAUACCUGACCAUAAGUGGCCGUGAAGGAUUCAUGCGUAGAUCGUAGGAUUAGAGAGACCUCAAUGUUACAGAUCCAAAUGAGGUGAGGGAUAAUGAUGGCAGUGUAGAAGUAGAUGAAUGGGUAACGCUGAGUGACUUUGCGCCAGAUGCGAACCAGGGGGAAUUUCCUCUUCUUAGCCCAGAUGGAUUUUCGGGCCCGAUAGAUUGCGAUAGUCCACGGGAUGACCAAGGUGAGCGCCAUUAGAAUGAGGAGGAAUCCCGAUCUCAGGAAUAGUAUGAAGAAUACAGUGAAGAACAGGAUUGUGACAUGGUUGUUUGCAAUGAGUGAGUCGCAUGCGGCUUGUUGGAACGUGUACGUCGCCGAAGGCAGUGCGG